AUGAUAAGGCGCGACUCAAAGACUGACGAGAUGUUGAAAUUGGACGAAAUGGAAUGUAAGAACGUGUCUAAGAAAACGAGGAAAAAUUUAGAAGAUAAGAAAAGUAAGUGUCACAAGAAGAAUAAGCAUACCACUAACAGUGGACGUAAGUUGAGAAGCAGCAUGGAGCAUGCUCUGUGCAAGGAAGAACCUCAGGAAGAGGAGACAUCGAUAGAACUGCUGUAUCUCACAAAGGAUUCUAUAGACUCUAAUGUCUCCUGUAAAUUGGAAGUGGAGCCGUCUGUGUCCAAUGAGAACAAUUAUAUCCUGGUACCUCCGUUGGAGAGUCUGAAAGAUGCAGGAGUUAGUAUGGAGGAAUUAUUGGAACAGAGUAUGCAUAAGAUCUCUAAAAAUCAAAAGAAUAAUAGGUGGAAACACAGUUACAAGAUGAUAUUCUUGCGAAAGUGUGUGGCCAAUGGUAGCCAGUCAACAGGGGAUGAAAUCAAUCAGAGCACGUCUUCUGAAAACCAUGAGCGUAUCCCUAAGAUGGAGGAUUUCACAUAUGAAAAUUCCGGAAAAAUUAAAAGGGACCAAAAAUGGACGAGGAAAUUCAAUCCUCUGUCCCUGCAUUAUACGGAUAAAAAUAGACCUUAUUUAAAAUGCUCAGCAUGCGGCGCAACCUUCUUCAGUCCGAAUACCUACCAAAGGCAUCUAAUCUCACACAUCCAUGAAAUAACGGAGAGUUACAUGUGUAAUUUUUGUAAUUAUACAAACACGGAACUCGGAAUGUUAUUUGCUCACUUGACCAAGCAUCAAAAUCAAUGUGAAUCCUGCAACGAGAAUCUGUUGCGCAAGGAUAAUUAUGAAAAGCAUCAACGCUCAAGCAGUUCGUUGGAGUUCACAUUGAAGCGCGAUCAUCACGGAAUGUUCGUCUGCGCGGUUUGCGAAUUAGUGUUCGAUCUCUCAGCUCAAUUGGAAAAACACUGGUUCAAACAUACCUGCAAGAGACGAAAAUCCUAUCAGUGUAACGAAUGUAGCGGUAUGUAUGAGAAUAUGGAGACCUUGAAGAAUCAUAUAUGCUUGAAGUGUCCCAUUUGCGGUGAAGUUUACGAGAGUCUGCACAGAUUAAAAACACACACAAGGUGGACGAAGCAUAAUCUAAAGUGUCCAAUCUGCUCCUACGAAUUUGUUCUUUCUAUGGACCACAAGAAGCAUAUGGCCCUACACAGAAAGGUUUAUCAGCCCAUGAAGGAUUAUAUGCACUGUUUGCGCGCGGCUGAUGGCAAGACGUUUCAAUGCAAUCUCUGCGAUAAGAUAUUUUACGCUUUACCUGCCCUUUUUACGCACCUUACGGAAGAGCAUGAUGUGGGAAACGUGAAAACAGAAGAGGCGAUGGAAGAUGAUAAUUAUGAACUGAAGGGAGACGCUAUUAAUAUCGUUGUAGUUCCUGAUUUUAAAGAUACCGUUGAUUGUAACUAUUUCGACAAUUGUGAUGACAUGGAUCCUUUACAACAGGACACCGAUCUCUACGAUCCAUCAUAAAAUAUGAUAAGAGAGAGAAUAUCGAUCCGCUUGAACUUAAAUUAUAAAAAUAAAAGCAACAUUCUUCUGAGAAUUGUUGGUGCUUUUGCUAUCGACCAAUUUCUCAAGGAUUUUCAUAAUAUUGAUAUUCAAAUCGGAUUACCAAAUGAAAAACUGAUACAAUUGUAAGUGCCGUUUACAAAUUAUAGAUAUGUAACUUAUGUAUAAAAUGCUAUUUUUAAAGAUGUAUUAUUUGCUUCAAAGUUUUGAUAUCAAUUUAUACAAAAUGUUAAUUUUACACAGAUCGUAUAUCUUUCUCU